UAAAGGAGACCCAAGUCCCGGAAGACUCGACUUUUCUUUUUGGUCCCAGCUUCGCUCAUUUUCCAUUACAAUACCUUCUUCAUCGGAGAUCUCUUAAGCCAAGUGGCGGUAUUGACGAUGCAGCUGCACCUGAGGCUUUGCGCCAUUGCCCUACUUGUCCUGCCAGCUCUGGCCUCCCCGUUGCCUUUCCAUAACAAUGGUAACGACGCUGACAGCCCGUCUUUACAUGGAAGACAAAGCUCUACACUCCGUGUAAUGCCCCUCGGGGCCUCCAUUACAUAUGGGACGAGUUCGACAGACAAAAACGGGUACCGCAAAGCCCUGCGAGACUCCAUGACCUCAGCUGGCUACAACGUCGACAUGGUGGGCUCCCGGAAAUCCGGCACAAUGUCGGAUAAUGAUGUCGAAGGCUGGCCUGGUUAUACUAUUAACCAGGUCUUCGACAAGGUCAAGGCCCAGUAUCAUCUGAAGCCCGAUCUGGUCUUAAUCAACGCCGGUACAAACGAUUGCACCCAGGACCAGGAAGAGGCACUUGUCAACGCUAAGGGCAGAAUGACGAACAUGGUCCGCGGAAUCUUCGACAAUAUCGACGACGUUACAAUUGUUCUUUCGGGACUGUUGCCGAAUAAAAACCGCAAUGACUGCACCCGGACGCUGAACGACCAAUACCGGACGAUUGUUUCGGAAAUGGCCGGGAGGAAGAUUGUCUUUGCCGACACCUGGGGCUCUUUCACGUUUGAUGACCUGGCCGACACCACUCACCCUAAUGAUGCAGGGUACAAAAAGAUGGCAGACAUCUGGUGGCGCGCUGUGAGAAACGCAGCUGACAAGGGCUUCCUCAGGUCAAUGGAUGCUCUAUGGAGAAAUGGGAAAGCUGACAAGGAAGCUGGCAAGGACACUGGCGCAGAUAAAUGAAGUACAGAGUAAUGUGAUAGAUAGCCAGGUAGCUACAGUCCACAUAAUCUGUAUAUAGUCUUGCUGUGUAUGCACUAAUUUUAUCAGUAGACUAAAUUGAAUAAACUAUUCACCCUGCAUGAAAUACUCCAAGAAGCCUUACUUGCUGAUCUGGG